GACAGCUGACAGUUUGUUUCGGUGAGUUUAUUUACAAAUCAGAAUAACGUGUUCUUCGAUCGUGAUUGUUGAUACACUUACUUUUGUUUAAUGAAAUUUUCUUAUAUUUCAAUUAAGGAAUCAUAGUUACAAACAAUGGAGUCAGCUAGAAUAAGGAAACCUACCACGCGUCGUGGUAAGCGCGCUUUGGAAGCAAGAGAGCCCAAAACGAUUGAAGUACCUAAAAAAACUUUGAUUAUGGAAGGUCGUAAAUGCUCCAAUGAAAUCCGACAAGCGUUGAAAGAUUUGAACCUCCUCAAGAAACCCUUAGCCAGACUGAUGAGAAGAAACAACGAUAUAACACUUUUUGAGGACCCAACUCCGUUAGAGCAACUUGCCAAAUCAAACGAUUGUAAUUUGUUCAUGUUUGGGUCGUCCUCGAAGAAACGUCCUAAUAAUCUCAUAUUGGGUCGCAUUUAUGAUGAGCAAGUGCUGGACAUGGUCGAGCUAGGAAUCGGAAAAUACAGAGGUCUACAAGAUUUCAGCACGGAAAAAAUAUCGGCGUUCGUGAAGCCGGUCAUUGUUUUCAAUGGCUACAAAUGGAAACUAACAGAGGAACUUCGUCGUAUCCGUAGCCUGCUGCUGGAUUUGUUCCAUAUAGAUAAUGUAGACAAAAUUCGGCUGCAAGGAUUGGAGCAUGUGCUCAGUUUCACUAUCACCGAGGAUUUAACUAUUCUGGUGCGUUCGUACCGCAUUCAUCUGAAGAAGAGUGGCCAACGAACGCCUCGUAUCGAGCUGGAAGAAAUGGGUCCCUCAAUGGAUUUAACGAUUCGACGGACGAAGAUAGCCUCAGAUGAUCUGUACAAAACAGCCAUGAAACAGCCAGCUAUCUUGAAGGUGGCCAAGCGAAAGAAUGUCUCUCGAGAUGAACUGGGCAACGUUCACGGAAGAGUUCAUGUAGGCAAGCAAGAUAUCAACGCUAUUCAGACGAGAAAAAUGAAGGGUUUGAAAAAGACAGCAGAGGAGAAGAAGGCAGAACGGGCGAGGAAAAAGCAGAAUAGUUCUGUGUUGACAUCGGAACCGGAAGACAACGAUGAUGGAAUGGGUGGUGACGAAGGAAGCGGAAUGGAUGUUGAUAGUGAUGAAUAG